CGCCCCAGCCGCAUCAUGGCGCCGCUCGGCGCGCUCCGCGCCGCGCUCUUCGCACCGGGCCCGGCGGGGCGGGUCCUGCGCCGCCCCUUCCUGCCACCGCCCCAUCCCGCCGCCCGCGCACGGGGGUCUCGGCGGCGUCUCGAGCGGCCGCCGCCGGUGAGGGGGGAGCCGCUCGCCGCCGCCAUGUCGCGCCGGGUGUUCGUGGUAGGCGUCGGCAUGACGCAGUUUGUAAAGCCUGAUGAGGGCAAUGAUUAUCCUGACCUGGCAAAGGAAGCAGGCCUGAAAGCUUUAGCUGAUGCUGGCAUUCCUUAUUCAGCAGUGGAGCAGGCAUGUGUGGGUUAUGUUUAUGGUGACUCAACCUGUGGACAACGGGCUAUCUAUCACAGUUUGGGUUUAACUGGCAUUCCUAUCAUUAAUGUUAACAACAACUGUGCUACUGGAUCUACUGCUUUAUUCAUGGCCAGGCAAUUGGUAGAAGGAGGUUUGGCAGAUUGUGUUCUGGCACUUGGCUUUGAGAAGAUGGCAAAGGGGUCCAUUGCUGUUAAGACUUCUGACAGAACUAACCCAAUUGACAAACAUGUGGAAUUAAUGAUAAAUAAAUAUGGCUUAGCCAGUGCUCCAGUAGCACCUCAGAUGUUUGCAAAUGCUGGCAAAGAAUAUAUGGAGAAGUAUGGGACAAAACCAGAAUACUUUGCAAAAAUUGCAUGGAAGAAUCAUAGCCAUUCAACUAACAAUCCGUAUUCCCAGUGCCAAAAGGAGUAUACGUUAGAUGAAGUUCUGCAUUCUCGCAAAAUUUUUGAUUUCUUGACUCUCUUACAGUGUUGUCCAACAUCAGAUGGUGCUGCAGCUGCAAUUUUGGCUAGUGAGGAGUUUGUGAAAAGGCAUAAGUUGCAGCCAAAAGCUGUGGAAAUUCUAGCCCAGGUGAUGACUACUGAUUAUCCAAGCACAUUUGAAGAGAAUAGUUGUCUGAAGGUGGUUGGCUAUGAUAUGACUAAAAAAGCUGCUAAAAAAUGCUUUGAAAAAGCAGGCUUAAAGCCUACAGAUGUUGAUGUGAUUGAACUCCAUGAUUGUUUCUCAGUUAAUGAGUUCAUUACCUAUGAAGCCCUGGGACUCUGUCCAGAAGGAAGAGCAUGUGACCUGAUUGACAGAGGAGACAAUACUUAUGGAGGAAAAUGGGUUAUUAAUCCUAGUGGUGGCUUGAUUUCAAAGGGGCAUCCACUUGGUGCUACAGGCCUGGCGCAGUGCGCCGAACUCUGCUGGCAGCUGCGCGGGCUGGCCGGGAGGAGGCAGGUCCCGGGGGCAAAGGUCGCGCUGCAGCACAACCUGGGCCUCGGCGGCGCCGCGGUGGUGACGCUCUACGGCAUGGGCUUCCCCGGGGCCGCCAGCGACCGUCGUGUUGUGGCUGUGCCUCUCAGUGCAGCUGUUGAUGGAUUUAAGUCGCAUCUCGUCUUCAAAGAGAUUGAAAAGAAGCUUGAAGAGGAAGGAGAGCACUUUGUAAAGAAAAUAGGUGGUAUCUUUGCCUUCAAAGUAAAAGAUGGUCCUGAUGGGAAAGAAGCAACUUGGAUAGUAGAUGUGAAAAAUGGAAAAGGGUCUGUGGCUGUUAAUUCAGAUAAGAAGGCUGAUUGUACAAUUACAAUGGCUGAUGCUGAUUUUUUAGCUCUGAUGACUGGCAAAAUGAAUCCUCAGACAGCUUUCUUUCAAGGCAAAUUGAAGGUUUCUGGGAACAUGGGCAUGGCAAUGAAACUUCAGAAUCUACAACUUCAGCCAGGCAAAGCUAAACUUUGAGAUCAUUAGACUAAACCGUCAGCUUUGGGUAUUUUUGACAAAAAAUUGGAAUGAAACUAGACGUUGGCAAUAAUAUGGCACAGGCUGGACUUAAUUGGACCUGUCUUACCUAAAUCCUGUGGUUAAGAGACCUUAAUACUCUUACAGAAUUCCAUCAAUUUAUGGCAAAGAUUCUUAGGCUAAGCUUGAGGCAUAAACUCUUACAAAUGAUAUAUGGUGGAUAUUAUGUAAACAAAAUUUCUGUUUUAACCAAUAUGAAAUUUUUAUAAAACUUAGGAAAGAUGAAUGAGGCUGCUUACUGUUCUUCAGGUUAGUUGGGAAGGCAGUGGGGAAGGUUAUAAAUAGUUUGACAUAUGAAUUAAAUGACUUGCGUUUUUUAAAAACCUGUAAUAGCAGGUCAUGGCUUUCAGACAUCCAUUCUAACAAAUUUGCUGCUGCUUAAAUUAAAAUGGUGGGAUUGCUAACAACAUUUUUUUUAAAAAUAGAUUUUAGGGAAUUUGCUAUAAAAUACUUUUCUUAUUACCACUUUGGAAUUAAAAAAUAAAUGAAAGCGUCCACAAGUAAGUUGGAACUAGAACAUUGCUUUGAGAUAUACAGGAUUUAAUAAUACUUUGACUUGAAGAAACAUUACGUUCCCCAGGAGAGCAGGGAGGGAAACUGACCAGCACUUACCUUUUCUCUUAAGCAGUUCUGGAGUUGAUCAUUAUGAAAUUCUUAUCAGUAAUGUAAAAACUUUAACUUCUGCUUUGGGAAAAUGUAUUCUGGUUGGAUGUUUAAUAGAUAAUUAAAUAUACUUUUCCUGUU